AUGUCGGACGAUGUUCGCGACUAUCUCUCGUCUUCAACUUCAGCGCGGUACAGUAUUGAGGAGGAAGCGACCUCCACCAAAGGAUCUUCCAGAUCGCCCGCCGACAGCGUCGCCGACGUUUCGAUAGUCCAUAAGAUUUACUACCCUUGCUUUGGCAAAGUCGACAUCAAGUCGUACAUAGAUGCGCGCUUGUACGGCUUCAGCUUCCAGCGCAUGCACGAUGAAUGGGUGGUGCUGGGAAAGCCUCGCAUCGACACAAGUCAUUGGCCACGCAUGGCUGGGCACAGAGGUCUUCCCACGUCUCCAGAGGACUUUCUGCGCGUGGCUGAGUACUACGACACAAAGAUCUACGAACAGGUGCUGCUCGAGGCUCAAGGGAAGCCGGCCGACCGCGAUCGACCUCUGGAAGACUAUUUUGGGUCAAUGGUCACGACUGCGGCUAUCGCAAAAGCCGACUUAGGCGCAUAUCGCCUUCUGCAAGACCUGCCAUCAGCUGGGGAAGCGGCAGCUCAAAAAAUGUGGUAUCAAACUUUCACUAUGCUGUUGCAAGAGUCUAUUCGCUACUUUAUCAGCGAACGGACAGUUUGCGAUCGACUUGGACCCCAUAAUUGCGUCGGCACGCUUCUCUUUGGUCAGGCGUAUUCGAUGGCGACGCCCACUCUACUGGAGAAUCUGACAUUUCAGAUGCAGAUCUUGAGGAAUGUCUUUCCCAACUUUGGAGAUCAUUUCAUCCGUUGUGCUGCGGCACGAGCACCACAACAAUGGUCACCAACUUUGGCUGUCACGAGUCCUUUCAACCAUAGCACGCCGGCGGCAGCAAGUCAGGACGCCGUUGGUCACGGAAAACCACGGGCGUCCGGGAUGCAUUCUUCAAGCUCUGACGAGGCAUCAUCUGAGACGAUGCAUCGAGCAUCGUCCAACGCUACAACACAAAGUGACGCGAUGCAGCAGCUACUACCGGAUCUCAGCCGGCCACUAACAUCAAUCUUCAUUCCAGCCGAGUUGAAAGGACGCAGAGACCUCUUUGCCGCUGCUGUUAACCCUGCGAUCCGCUGUGAUGUUCCGCUCGAAAAAGUGGUGAGCUACAUCGACUCGCGCCGAUUAUCCUCGGCCUCGACUUCGACCUCUUCAGCUUCAACGCCAGCUUCGAUCACGAUUAAGGCACCCAUCCACAGUGCGCAAACGAUGAGCGGCGUCUCUUCUGGAGCUUCUGUGCCAUCCUCGGACACGGACUGGCACACGCGCAGACGUACAGGAGUCAGGACUAUGUCGAACGACAAUGUGGCUCUGGACAUCGAGUCGACCAAUCUGACUUUGCGCCCUCCGUUGCAAUCACAUGCUUCCUGGUCUGAAGGAGCACCUGGCCAAUCACCUUCCGAAGACGGCACAAUGAUCACGCCAGAAGAGAUCAUGACGCUACAUUCGCGAAGAGCACAAGGCAGUUCAGCCCAUUCGUACUUCAGCUCGCUUCCCACCACGCCCACCGAGAUGUUUUCGCCCAGUUCCCUUUCAAGCUCGCAGGAGGGAUCCCAGCCUUUCCUGGCCCGGAGACUGCUUGGCUCGGGGACAGGACCUCUCUCGAUGACGUCGGCAUCGGAUUCUGACUCGCGCAAGCGCGCCCGCGUUGAACAAAACCGCGAAAAGAUGAAGGCAUAUCAUCGGAGAGUCAUGCAGCAAAGGGAGGCUCUUACCAGUGUGCUUGCCGAUGUGACUUCCAACGUUGGAUCUAUACCGGUCUCUGCGUCGAGACUCGGUGCGAGUCCUCUGACGAGCCCCACGUCCACACGUGUGUCGGAGGAACCAGCGGGAGAAGCGACGUCGAGCUCAAUUGGUCGCAGCUCGCAAGAGCCAAGCUGGUCGGCAGCUGUACGCAACAAGCAGAAGCAAGAGUCAAAGGCGAGGCUGCGCAAACGCGAAAUCGAUCAUGUGCACGAGCUGGGAAUGUAUGCAAGGUAUGCAACGGCUACGCUGGUACGCUCGUUCGGUCCAGAUGCUACCGACCCGACAAGGGCCGUCUCUGCACAGUCCAGGAUUGCAGGCCCGAGUAGAGCUGGAGCCGAUCAGAUCAGUCCCGCAACGACAUGGCGACAGCUCGACUCUCAACACGUUUCGGAAGCUGACUUGCACAUGUCGCAUGCCAUCGUGCGCGUCUUUUUGCGUCAUCGCUCCAACUGGAUCGCCCUCAUCUCUGCCGAACAGAGGUUAGCUGUCGAAGUUUCCAAGCUUUCGUCAAACACAGAAAGUUCAAGCGGGUCCGGGGGAGGCGGCAGUGAUGAACCAGGCUCGAGCAGGAGCAUCAAAGAAUUGUUAGAUUGGAUUCAGUCAGAGGAACAGGCCGGAAGGAUGGUGAUACCAGGGGCAGACGCGACACCGAUGGCUUUAGAGAUCUCUACGUACGAGCAUGUUCAUUCACGCGCCAGCAUGAGUGCACCAGCUUCGAUGAUGUCUCUUGCCGGUGCGGUGACGUCUCGUGUAGCAGCAGGAUCACCUGCCUCCCAGCAUUUUGAGAGACCGGCCGGAUACAAUCCAUCGAACUACCUGCAAACGGGCGCGACUCUUCUAUCGCCAAGCUCUUCGGAUUACGGAGCCAAGGUAUCACCUUCUGGUGUAACUGGGCUCUUGGGCGCAGACGAAGGCGGUGAUUACUUCGACCAAGAUCGAAAGCGCUAUCACGGACGCAAUUCGGAUACAAGCGAGAUCGAAGCUUCGACACAAUUGAUACCUGUGCCCACGGGCUACGGCGGAGCAGAACAAGCCAACUCGCCGCUGGUAUCGCGCAUGCCCGUCGCUGGAAUGCUGUACAGCCCUGGAUCCGAGACUGUCUUGCCGUUGCCAAGCGUGUUACAGCCCAGUGGCGGCUACGGAUACAACGCUGCGUACCAGCAAGAAGCAGGCCAACAGGCUCGAAUGGCACCGCAAGCAUUUGGUCGACCCUUGCUAGCAACGAUGAAUGCAACGUCAGUCGGAGAGCCACUUUCUUCGAUGGGCAAGCCGCAAUCACGCGUGCCCAUGCACUAG